AUGGAUGCCUUACUUGCUAGACUGGGAGCCCAGGCAAUGAAUAUGGCCAUUAGGUCUGGCAUUGCCUUGACCUCGACAUAUGCCUUUUCCCAAUGUUCGCGCCUCAUGAAAACUGUCGAUGACAGGGCUGUGCGGUCGGAUAUCAAGCGGCUCCAGAAGAGGCUGGAUAGCAAGAUCAAGAUCGUAUCUCCUGCGAUAGAUCUUAUAGAGUUCAAAUCCGGCAGAGGCAAUGCAUUUUUGGAAUCGGCUUUACCUCUGGCCAAGAGCCUUCGGCGGAACAUAGUGGCUCUCGGACGCCGCGUGGAGCAGGCAGCCCAGGCGGGCGAGGCAUGCAACGAGUCGCCACGACGCAGUCUUGAUUCUGAACGGUACCUUGAGGAACUUGGUGCAAUCAUCGAAGAUAUGAAAGACCUCUUAGCCCAGCUGGACAACGACAUUCCCCUUUUGCACAUGGCCAUAUCCGCAUCAGGGGAGAGCCUAAGUUCUGCCAUGUCUCCAAGCGUAUCACCGUCACGGUUUUUGCAAGCGGGUACCUUCCUUACAUACGGGGACAGCCAGUUUGCCGUCGAUCCUUCUCGCCCAGUGCAGAUCGGCCCCGUCUUCACAUUGUCCGUCUACAUGCUGUUCCUCGGCCACGCCUCAAUGGCCACCGCUACGCAAACCGGACACCAAGGACGACAUCCUCAACCCCAGCACACGCCGCACAAGAGUCGUCUAGGGGAGGCACCGGCGCCCUACGGUCUUGAAGAGGGGGAGCGCAAACCCUUGUGGCAGGAGGUCAUUCACAAAGCCAGGGUGCGCUUAUGUCGCACCCCGAUAGAUCACGUGUUCGAUCCCAACAAGGGGUUUCGACCGUCGGGAACUGGACCCAGCAGCUUCACCGAGUCCCAGUUCUACAAGUCGACAGCUCAUGGUAUGGGCCCGCGCAAUGAGUACGCCUAUCACCUCGAAAUCAUUGAGGAUUUGGACGAUGGUCGUGCCCAUGACGACUUGGAUGCCGAGGCUGGCCCAUAUGACGAUAUCAGAUGCGCGGGCAUCCGCGAGUCUAUUCCAGUUCAUCAGAUAUCCAAGAUGUUCUACGCCGAUACUGGCCGAAUCCUUAACAUUGGCGACGGAGGAACAGACAAUAACCCCGUCCUAUUGCUAAAACGAGACCUUCUUGCGAAGCCACCGUUGAAGGUCCACGAAGAAAUGAUGGACUGUAACGAAGAAACAGAGUCGAUUGCGACUUCUGAGCCCGGAAACGAUGAAGUGCUAGACGAGCAGGAAGAUAUCGACCGACAACUCCGAGACGAGAGUACGGCACUGGACAUUCUGGAGGAAAUGCCCAAGCUGCCAACAAAACCAACCCGCAGGGGGUUUCCCAGCCACUUGGACCCCGAAUGGAUUGCCGUGGAAGUUUUCGAAGGCGAUGACGAUUCAGAGAGCAGUGAGACUGAGGACGAAGAUCUUGGAGAGGAGAACAGACCCCCGCCGUCCAAGAACAUCCUUAGAUACAAGACUCAUGACACAGAUUCGGGAUCUGUCAUUGCAGUCCUCGCCCUCCGCCAGAGAUCAGGCGCCGACUUCGCGAUCCCGCCACAGAAGGGGGAAGGGAAAGAAAGAAAGGCAGAACAGACGAUACCCUCCAACCCACGUCUCGACUACUCCAAGUUACUGCGCAAGCAGCUAUUGCUACCCGACCGUCCCUACGAAGACCUGUUCAGCGACAUUUACACAGUCAUGGUCAACCAACGGAGCCCCGUGAAGGGCCCGUUGCGCUCGAUCAAUCCGAAUGAAGACUCGCAGUCCUCAGCUGGGCGCGAAAUGCUAAAGACGGGUACCCCUACUAAGGAGCUUCAUGGUGUCCCUCGCGGACCAUCGCGGCCUGAAAUCCGGGAUUUGUCUUCCUUCGACCCCGAUGCCCUCACAGCCAGAUUCGACGCACUGCAUGUAUCAACAACGCCAAACUCCAAGCCACCUGCAGCGGUCCCAAACAUGUCUGCGCGACGUAGUCAGCCGGCCCAACAAUUAACCAGCCCUGACUUGGUAGAGAUAACCCGGAACGACUUCAAGCAACCGCUUCGACCAGGCCCUAGGGACAGUGACACGAGUUCACAAGACAAAUCGAUACUGCCUUCCGAUGCUCUGGAAUCUUUCUUUUCGGACACCAGACGUCACGACCAUUUUCACCCGUCCUCACACCAGCCGGUUUUCGGCCAUCCAACCAAGAUGCUGUCCUCUCUUAAGCAGAAGGCUACAGGCAUCUUCAACGAACGAAGAUCUCGGCCGGAGCACCACAGAGUUCAGAAUGUGGCCGUGCCAUCUGUUCCCCUAUACCAAGACAAGAAACCGGACCCUCGCGCUUUGUAUAGCUCCAUCGGCCCCGACGCCAACCCCUCCACAUACAGACCUCCCGGCAAGUUUGGAGAAACCGAGUUCUAUACCGACCCGGCAAAAGCUUCGGCUGACCUGAAGGCUCUACUGGAAGGGGGAAUGGAGUCAGACGACGAGGAAGCCCACAAUAGGGAAACCGCGGAGGAUGUUAACGACGGCAGUAUGGAGGGUCUCAAGGUGAAGCUCCUACCACAUCAAGUUGAAGGUGUUGAAUGGAUGCGAGGCCGUGAGCUCGGUCCGGUCAAGAGAGGCAAGGUUCCCAAGGGCGGUAUAUUGGCAGACGACAUGGGUCUAGGCAAGACCCUCCAAACCAUCUCCCUAAUUCUCACCAACCAGAAGCCCGCCAAGGGUGAAAAGGGGUUCAAGAAGCAUUUUGAGGGCAUUGAAAAGACAACACUGGUGGUUGCGCCCCUAGCCUUGAUCAGGCAAUGGGAGUCUGAGAUCAAGGAAAAGGUGGCCAAGACGCAUGGGCUCAAUGUCUGCGUUCACCAUGGGCCUCAACGUACCAAGCGAUUCAAGGACCUGGCCGCCUACGAUGUAGUUGUCACUACAUACCAGGUGUUGGUCUCUGAAUGGGGCCACUCGUCCGAAGACGAAAAUGGCGUCAAAGCAGGAUGCUUUGGUCUCCAUUGGUGGCGAGUCGUACUCGACGAAGCACACACCAUCAAGAAUCGGAACGCAAAGUCGACCAAAGCAUGCUACGCACUGCGAUCUGAGUACCGGUGGUGUUUGUCAGGAACGCCGAUGCAAAACAACCUGGAGGAGUUGCAGUCCCUCAUUAAGUUUUUGCGGAUUAAGCCUUACGAUGAUCUCAAGGAGUGGAAGGAGCAGAUCGAAAAGCCCCUGAAGAACGGCAAGGGACAUGUUGCUAUUCGCCGCCUUCACAGUCUCCUACGUUGUUUCAUGAAGCGUCGGACCAAGGACAUUCUCAAGGAGGAGGGAGCCCUGAACCCUGGUGGCAAGCCAACGAAGGAAGGAGAGAAGUCAAGUACAGGCUUCAAGGUCACCGAACGCAAGGUUGUCACUGUGGCUACUACCUUCUCCCCCGCCGAGCGUCGCUUCUACGACAGACUGGAAACCCGAGCUGAUGAGAGUAUCGAGAGAAUGCUCAAAGGGAAGGUCGACUACGCUAAUGCCUUGGUCCUUCUUCUGCGCCUCAGGCAAGCUUGCAAUCACCCAAAGCUGCUUGAGGGUAAACUCGACAAGGAUAAGGACGCGUUGUCGACAGACACAUCCAGUAAGAACUCGUUAACGGAUGUUGACUCUCUCGCCGACAUGUUCGGCGGGAUGGGCCUUGUCACCAGGACGUGCGGUAUUUGCGGACGCAACCUUCCCAAGGACGUCACUGGCAACGACAGAGACACCUGCCAGGAGUGCUGUGAUGAUCUGGCUUACUUCAAGAAGCAUGAGACGCCAAAGCGGAAGAAGCUUAAGCACAAGAAGGACAAUGUCAAGCAAGUUGCUAAGAGGGCUGUGCCAGCCGAGGCUGAGGACGAGACCCCAUACAAACCCAAAGCACGCAGGCCGAGAAACAGGAACGUCGUUGUCGACAGUGACGACGAAGAAGCAGACGGCAGCUGGCUCGUACCCGAGAACCAGCGUGAUCAACUGCGGUUGGGCAAGGCCGGUGGCGAGGAGGACGAGAACGCAGAAGGUGGUGGUGACUGGAUCAGGCCCGACGACUCGCAGCACGAUUCUGAGGACGAGGAAGACGGCAGCCAGCUUGACAGCUUCAUUGUCAAAGACGACGACACCAAGCAUGAGAAGGACGUGGAAGGGAGCUACGCUUCGGAUGACAGCCUGCUUUCAAUAGCAGCGAUAGCAUCGCAAGUCAAGGAGAAAAGGCUUAAGUCAUCGCAGUCGUCUCGUACUGAAUCUGAAACCGAAACCGAAUCGGAAGGGGACACUGGUGUGGAUGAGUCGGAGCUCUACUCUGAUGACGACACGAACUACAACCCCAAUGGCCAGGUAUCUCAGAUCUUAGCCUCUGCCAAGAUCCGACAGAUGAUGCAGAUCUUGCACAAGGAGGUUGAACAACACAAGUUCAUCGUCUUCUCACAGUUUACUUCCAUGAUGGAUCUCAUUGAGCCUUUCUUCCGCAAGGAGGGCUUCAAGUUCACUCGGUACGACGGCAGCAUGAAAAACGACGAGCGCGAGGCCAGUCUGCACCGUCUCCGUAACGACAAUAACACGCGCAUCUUGUUGUGCAGUCUCAAGUGCGGCAGCCUGGGGCUGAAUUUGACGGCAGCCACUCGCGUCAUCAUCCUGGAGCCCUUCUGGAACCCUUUCGUCGAAGAACAAGCCAUCGACCGAGUCCAUCGUCUUACUCAAACCGUCGAUGUCAUCGUGUAUAAGCUCACUGUCGAGAAGACGGUCGAGGAGCGGAUUCUCGCUCUGCAGGAGAAGAAGCGACUGCUCGCCGAGACGGCCAUCGAGGGCGGCAUGAAGAAGGACACUUUUAAGCUCGGCUUUAAGGAGAUCAUGGACCUGUUUCGCCGCGACGCACCCGGCGCGGCCCCCCGAGGCGAUGAAAGCUACGUCGAGCCAUCUUCCCGCACCACCUCCGCCAGGCCCAGCAGGCAGGGCUCCCCCGAGACCAGCUUGUUAGUUGGCAAGGCUAAAAAGGCGCCCAAGAGGACAGAGCAUGAGAUGUUUGGUCGGAGAUGGUGA